GCGUACCUGGAUCCGCUCAACCUGCCGUCAGACGCCCUCCUCUGUCACUUCUGCUCCCAGCCCCUGCGAUUCCUGCUGCAGGUGUACUCACCGCUGGACAGCGAGGCGUCUGCCUUCCACCGCACUCUCUUCCUCUUCGCAUGCCGCCACCAGCACUGCCUCACGCGGCACCAGCAGCAGCAGGCAGAGGUGGCGGACGGCAGAGCAAGGGAAAGGAGACGAAGUGUGUGUGCGCUGCGCAGCCAGCUGCCUCGCGCCAACCCCUUCUACGCCUUCACCCCGCCCCCUCCGGAUGCACCCGGGGCACCACUCUCCCACCAAGUGCCCAUGUGCGCGUGGUGUGGCACGUGGAGGGGCAGCAAGCGCUGUGGCGGCUGCAGGCAGGUGGCCUACUGCAGCAAGGACCACCAG